UGAAUGCCAAAUUGGUUUACAUAACCCAAAUUAAAACAUGAUUGUUUGUGCAGUGAUCUAUAUUUGGCGAGUGAGUAACUAACGGUUGAGAAUGUUCAAUUGAGAGAAUGGAUCCAUCAUUUCUCAACAUUAUUGAGUUGGCCGAAACAGGGCUUCAUGCAUUUGCAUGUAUAAUGUAAGGUCACCUUUCUUCUUGCCUCUCCACCCCCUCCCCUCCCUCCACCAAAGGUGCCAAUCAAGGAGGAGGAUCGGUACAUGCCGGAGAAGAAUAUCAACGUUUUAGUCGCAGCCAUGAAUAGCAUAGAUGAAUGUUGCAAUGAUGAAAAUGGGAAAAUCGCUGUUGGGGUGCCCCUACUUUACCAUUUCAUGGAGAAAAACAACAACGAGUCAAGUCUGAAGGAAGACCUCCAAGAAUAUCAUGAUUGUGAAGAGGAUGAGGACGAAGAAGAUGAUGAUGGUGAUGAUGAUAUGGAAGGAUCAACUUUUGGAGAUGGGACCCAGAGCCCCGCUGAGAUUAAACUCAAGAUAAAGAAGUCGUUGCUUGAAUUACGUUGCAAGGUUGAAAAUGCCAUUCUUGGGAACUUUUUGUUAGGGGAACCCGACAAGGAGCUUGCACCAGAAGACGUGGCAGUGAUGAGGGAACAGCUUAGAGAGAUUUCAAUAUGGGGUGUCCCUUUGUUGCCCAGUAAGGCUCAUGAGGGCACUGAUGUUGUUUUGAGGAAAUUCUUGAAGGCCAAAGAUUACAAGGUGAAUGAGGCCUUUGACAUGCUACAGAAGACCCUCAUAUGGCGACGAGAAAACAACAUUGAUGGGAUCGAUGAGGAAGAUUUAGGUCCUGAGUCUGCAAAUGCAGGAUUUUUGUGCAGUAGAGAUAGGGAAGGACGUCCCGUGUGUUACCAAGUUUGUGGGGUUUUCAAAGACAGGCGCGUCUACAAGAAGACCUUUGGAUCACACAACAGGUGUGACAGGUAUUUGAGAUGGAAAAUUCAACUCAUAGAAAAGGCUGUGAAGAAGCUAAACUUUAGAGAAGGAGGUGUGGACUCCAUAAUUCAGGUUUUUGAUUUGAAGAACACCCCAAUGCAAGGAACCAAGGAGCUCAACUCAGUCAGCAAAAAAGCUCUGAUUUUGUUUCAGAAUUACUACCCUGAGAUCAUUCACAAAAAUAUCAUAGUAUAUGCUCCAUUUUGGUUCUACACGUCCCAAGUGCUAUUCUCAAGAUUCAUGAACCAGAGAAAUAAAAAGAAGUUCAUCUUAGCUAGGCCACAGAAGGUCACGCAGACCCUUCACAAGUUCAUAGCCCCAGAACAUCUUCCAUGUGAGUAUGGUGGUCUCAGGAGGAACAACGAUGAAAAUUUCUCGCCUGCUGAUAAGGCUACAGAGAUUAAAAUAAAAGGAAACACUGUUUCCAAAGUUGAAUUUCCAGUCUCAGAGCUUGGAGUGACAAUAAUGUGGGAUGUAACUGUGGUGGGAUGGGAUGUUUGCUACAAGGAAGAGUUCAUUCCAGAUGAUGAAGGCUCGUACACUGUAUUACUGCAAAACCAAAACGUAGAGGGUAGCAGUACUAGAAACUCCUUUUACAUCAGUGAACCUGGGAAGAUAGUCAUAACAGUUGAAAAUGGGACCUACAAGAAGAGAAAAAUGUUCUAUAGAUCUAAAGCCAGAACCACAGUUCCCAUGUUCAUCUUGUUAUAA